UUCUUGGAAAUCACAAUUCAUGAAAAUUCGGCGAUUACCAUAUUUUUAAAAACAGAUUUCGUUAUAUUUUGUAAUAAUUAGUUUAAUUUGUAUGAAAUUCAGUGUGAGAGUUGAGUAAUUCUUUGGAUAAACUGGUUGUUUUUUGAUUGGAAAUGGCCGCGGUCACUAAUCUCGAGGAGUUCGUGAGUCAGGUGGAAGCCUACACAGUGAAUGGCAAAUUCAGCGAUCUAUGCGAGUUGUUGAAUAAAUCUAACGAACUCCUCGUUGCUCAAAUCGAUCAGCUCGACUCGUUGUUGGAAACAUUCAAUUUGGAAAACCAUACCAUGGCCAUACUUGCCAUUUUGAUUGUUAAAAUGAACGCUGUGCAUACGAAUAAUCAAUUCAACAGUGCUUUAUUCACCCAACUCACGGAUUUUGCGAUUAAUGCGAACGCAAAUCAAGUGCAAAUCGUACCGGAAACUUUUGCCGAUUUAUUUCAUCUGUACACUCGGACAAUCAUAGAAUCGAGAAAACCCGAAAGUGGAAUUUAUACGUUAGAAAGAGCUAUAACGAAAUUACAAGAAUCCCCUACCCAGUUGACGACUUUACAUUCGGAAUUAUGUCUGCUUUGUUUGCUCAGUAAGAAUUUCAAACCAGCGAUUCAAGUCUUAAACAGAGAUAUUACUACAAUUUCUAAGGAAGGCGGACAGAAUUUCGAUACGAAGAGUUUCUUGCUCUAUUAUUAUUACGGUGGUAUGGUUUACGCAGCUGUGAAAAAUUAUGAACGAGCUUUAUAUUUCUUUGAAAUAGUUAUCACUACUCCGGCUAUGACUGUAUCUCACAUCAUGUUAGAAGCGUAUAAAAAAUAUAUCCUAAUUUCCCUCAUCAUCAAUGGAAAAAUGAUCAACGUACCAAAACAUACUUCUCAAGUAUUAGGUCGUUUCAUCAGGCCUCUAAGUCAAGCAUACACAGAACUAUCCACCGCUUACCAAACAAGUAGCUACGAAGAAGUCCGAAAUUGUAUUAGUAAACAUACAGAAACACUUAACAGAGACAAUAAUAUGGGCUUAGCUAAGCAAGUGUUGGCAUCUUUGUACAAAAGAAAUAUCCAUAGACUGACCAAAACCUUCCUUACUUUAUCCUUAGUGGAUGUCUCGAAUCGAGCUAAAUUAGAAGGUGUAGAACAAGCCGAAUCUUAUAUUGUCGAUAUGAUCAAAAGUGACGAAAUAUUUGCCACGAUCAAUAUCAAAGAUGGCAUGGUGAUUUUCCACGAAGAUCCGGAAAAAUAUAAUAACCCGAAAGUAUUAGAAGAAAUUGAGCAAAAGAUCGACAAUUGUGGUCAAAUCGAUCAGCAGAUAAGAACCAUGAAAGAAGCCGUAGAGCUCAAUUCUGCCUACAUUAAAAAAGUCAAUUUUGCCGGAGAAGAUGAUUUAGGCCAAUCUCAAUCCAGACCAUCCAAUUUUUCAGUUUAAUUUCCAUUUGAAUAAUAUGUUUUACCGUAUACUCAAGUCGAAUGUAUGAUAUAUUUAUAUCGAGACUUCGAUGAUUGUACAAAUGAGAAAAAGAAAUAAGUAACACCAUAGCAGAUUUUUAACAAACUAUACCGUUAUUAGAAUUACUAUUUUGUAUUUUUCAUUUCCUCUCCCUCCUUCGAAAGCUUAUGUUAAUAAAUUUUCAUUAAGAAGUU